UUCCAGAUGUGCGCUUUAACAACGCCCACGCGCAAGGACGUGGGCACGCAACGUCUCUGGAGGGAAAGCGGAGCAGAAGAGCGAAACAUGGCGACAUCGAAUAAUCCGCGGAAAUUUAGCGAGAAAAUCGCUUUGCAUAAUCAGAAACAGGCAGAAGAGACAGCAGCAUUCGAGGAAGUGAUGAAAGAUUUGAGUAUUACCCGAGCAGCGAGGGUAAGCUUACAGAAGACCCAGUAUUUACAGUUGGGACAAAACCGUGGGCAGUAUUAUGGCGGAUCAUUGCCAAAUGUCAAUCAGAUUGGAAAUGGCACCAUUGACAUGCCUUUUCAGACUCCCUUUCAAGGUUCAGGUGACACCAGCAGGACAACACGGCAUCAUGGAUUGGUUGACAGAGUUUACCGGGACAGAAACCGCAUCACAUCUCCACACGGAAGGCCCCUCGACAAACAUGGACGCCAAAUUGAUAGCUGUCCGUAUGGCUCGGUGUAUCUGUCACCCCCACCCGACACCAGCUGGAGGAGGACAAACUCGGACUCUGCAUUGCAUCAGAGCACUUUGAACCCGCAGGAUAUUUUUGCAGGAGGCUCACAGGACUUGCAGCUUAAACGAGUGCUUCUGCUUCAUGUACCAGGGCCAGAAGACACAGAAUCAGAUAUGGACAAAGACGAACAAAAACAGAACUGGGAUGGCAAAAAGAAUGUCUCAUCAAGGUCCAAGGUCCCAGGAAUCAACAUAUUCCCGUCUCCAGAUCAGGAGCUGACCGUGUCACUGAUGCCUUCAGCCCAAAACACGGGCGGCGGCUCCCUGCCUGAUCUGACCAACAUCCAGUUCCCCCCUCCGCUGCCCACCCCCCUGGACCCCGAGGACUCUACCCUCAGCGCCUACAACAGCACGGGAAACCUGGCCACCAGCCACUCAUACAGCUUCAGUUCCACCAGCCAAGGACAGACCACAGCCCAGCAGGGCAGGCAGGACAACAACAUGGUCAACCAGGACUCCCACCAGCACCAGUCCCUACAGCUCUCCCCCACCCUGUCGCCACCCCUCACCCUCGCCCAGGCGGAGACCAUAGACGCCAUGACACUGGAGGCACAGUUGUCCCAGUACACGUUCUUCAGCCAGCCCUCUUCUCAAGAACAACAACAGCAGCAGCAGACCACUCAAGGACUGACCAGGCUGGUCCAGCUCCCCUCCCCUCUGAACACCUCUUCCAGCCAGACACAGAACUCCAUGGAUAUGAACUCGCACCACUCCAUAUUGGGUAGUGUAUUUGCUGACUUCUAUGACCAGCAACUCACAUCCAGACAGACCAGUGCUCUCUCCCAACAGCUGGAGCAGUUCAACAUGACAGACAACAACAGUCUGUACAGCCAGGGCUCCACCCUCAACUACUCCCAAGCAGCCAUGAUAGGUUUGAUGGGUAGCCACGGCAACCUGCAAGAUUCCCAGCAGCUGGGCUACAGUAGCCAUGGCAACAUCCCCAACAUCAUUCUCACAGCCACCGGAGAGUCUCCACCCAGACUGCCGAAGGGGUUGUCUUACAGCUCUCUGUCGACUGACAUCAGCUUCGACGCGGACUCUCAGUUUCCCUUGGACGAGCUGAAGAUCGACCCUCUGACCCUGGAUGGGCUGUACAUGCUCAACGAUCCUGACAUGGUCCUCACUGACCCCGCCACGGAAGACGCCUUUCGGAUGGACCGGCUUUAGAGCCGCUGCCAAGUUGACUGACUGUCUCGGAGGAACCCGGCCUGAGGGGUGAGGGAUAUUUUGGGAGUGUGGUAGCUCGUGACUAGGCCCCAGCUGUGCAGUGUAUUCAUCCCACACUCCCACCUCCCUUCACCAGCCACCCCUUUCUAAGAGCCAUGGUAAGAUCAGCUAGUAGGGAAAUGGUCGACAGAGUUUGCUUUCUCCCUUCCUGAUGGAAAAGAUGGAAGGGCGACAUUGUCAUGUUUGGUGGAUAUUGCGCUUACGAUUCUGCCUGUGACCAGUCUGUGCUAACCACAUACAUCCCUUAACUUAUUUAUUUAUUUAUUUUAUUAUAUGCCUCCUGCCAGCCUUUCUGUUGGAUGCUUUGGUUUUAAAGGAAAACAAAAUAGGAUACAAACUACAUUGGUCUUGACUUCCAUUUGAAGACAUUCAAUUGAUUUAAAAUCAUGUCUGCAGUGGAAACUGCUUAUCGUUCUCUUUGUUUUUUUACCUUUAUUUAACUAGGCAAGUCAGUUAAGAACAAAUUCUUAUUUUCAAUGACGGCCUAUGAACAGUGGGUUAACUGCCUGUUCAGGAGCAGAACGACAGAUUUGUACCUUGUCAGCUCGGGGAUUCGAAAUUGCAACCUUUCGGUUACUAGUCCAACGCUCUAUCCACUAGGCUACCCUGCCGCCCCUCUCACCUGCCAUACUAGAUUAGCAUGUCUCAUUAUCACCCAUCUGCUUUUUCACAACCGCCCCUCUAUUGGCUAAUCUUGCCAGUCUCACAUUUUCAUCAGUGCACUUAACCGCGCUGUCAUUAAUUCACACUAUAUGGUGCCUUCAGAAAGUAUUCACACCCCUUUACUUUUUCCACAUUUUGUUCUGUUGCGAGAUGGGAUUAAGAUGUCAUUUUUUGUCAAUGAUAUACACCAAAUGCUCUAAUGUCAAUGUGGAAGUAAAAUUAUAUAUAUUUUUAAAAACUUUAUGGAAAAUUAAACACUAUCUUGAUUAGAUAAAUAUUCAACCCCCUGAGUCAAUACAGGUUAGAAUCACUUUGGCAGUGAUUACAGCUGUGAGUUUUUCUGGGUAAGUCUAUGAGAUUUGCACACCUGGAUUGUACAAUAUUUGCCCAUUAUUCUUGAAAAAAAUUAUUCAUAUUCUGUCAAGUUGCGUGUUGAUCAUUGCUAUACAGCCAUUUUCAAGUCUUGACGUAGAUUUUCAAGCCAAUUUCAAGUAAAAACUAUAACUAAGCCAUUAUAUGUCAUCACUGUAAGCAACUCCAGUGUAUAUGACCUUGUGUUUUAGGUUAUUGUCCUGCUGAAAGCUGAAUUUGUCUGCCAGUAUCUGUUGGAAAGCAGACUGAACCAUGUUUUCAUCAAGGAUUUUGCCUG